AUGGUCCUCUAUGCUGGAUGGAGUAGCAAGCGGGAAACGAUUACCGGAAAAGAAUUUACUAGUUUUGGCCAGAGAGAGUUUCUUGAGACAUUAUCAUCAGACGAGUCAGACCCACGGGUGCACUCUGGGCGACGAAAAGGAAGAGUGCCUCCCAUUGCGAAUCAGUUCGCGCUCGGGUAUACUUAUCACGAUGUGUUGGAUGCUGACCAGGAGGAUAUUCUUGCCCGAGUUUCAAUCUAUCUACUCUCCGAACCGUCGUCGUCCUUCGCACCACUUCUCAAGCCGCUCCUCACCCCGAAAACCGUACCGGAGACGCUGAUAGUGAUAUUACUGGACUGGGAAAAUCCUUGGACGUGGGUUCGACAGCUGCAAGAAUGGAUUCGUCUUCUACGUUCUGUCCUGAUCUCUCUUGAUGAUGAAACUAAAGUAGUAAUGGAAGAAGUUAUGACUGAAUGGCGAGACCACAAAAGAGGCGGCGAUCCAGCAUCUUCAGCAGGCGGGGGAAUGACAACCUCUGGUGGACCAGUUACAAUCCCCCUAGGUCCAGGAGAAUGGGAUGAAGGCUUAGGGAUUCCUAUGUGUGUCGUUUGUCAAGGCGCGGAUAAAAUUGAAAAGUUGGAGAAAGAGCAUGGCUGGCAUGAGGAGGAGUUUGACUUUAUUCUACAGUUCAUGAGAACGAUUCUGCUGAAACAUGGGGCCUCGCUCAUAUAUACAACACCAUUCCUUGCCAACUCGUUACAGAGUUUAAUCCACUCCUCGCUUGGAAUCCAUUCGUUACUCAAGAGACAAUCUCUGAAGCACAACGUCAUAGAUAGAGAUAAGAUACUAAUCCCAUCAAACUGGGAUUCAUGGGGAAAAAUCCGAAUAAUUAGAGAAGGAUUUGAUAUAGAAGGAGUUGGGACAGGCUGGUCCAUUGAGAUUCAAGACAAACCUAAACAAUUUCGCGGAGUAUCUGAGACUGAUGGUGAUAAUCAAGAUGAAGAAAACACCAAGAACAAUUCUGGGGAAUUGGGUAUGGAAGACGGCAGCAGCGCCACUCUCAUCUAUGAACAAACCAUCCGAGAUCCCAAGCUGAGUUUAUCCAUUGCCCGAAGUACGCAGCCCGGAUGGGACAGGGCGAUCGAAGUAGAAACGCGGGAUAUGCAAUCAUUUUUAUCCGACCAACUCCAGGUCCUUGAACAGCUCAAAGCUGAAGACGAGCAGCGAGACAAGCAGUUGCGCAAGGGAGGCUCGCUUAAGGAUCAGGACAAUAGCAUCCCUAUGGACGAGCCAUCUCGUGUGAGUGAGCAUAUUGGACCCGUACAGUUUAACAUGGGAGGCAUUCAAGUGGACGCGGAUGAUAUGUUGAGAAAGUUGAAGGAACGGGAAGCGAAUCGAACUCCAGUCCGCAAAGAUCCCUUACCCCAAACACCCACUACAUCCCCCGGAAGCGGGACCGGCGAUGACAAGAUGCAAAACCAAGCCCUUGCGAGCUUCUUUGCGGGUCUUGUUAACAAGAAGACGACUGGGAGCCCGCGUCCCGGCCCGAGUUCUUGA